CCUGUUCCGUAAUCAAGAACAAUUCUCUCUCUUUAGUUAUCAGAGGUUCAAAAUUGGGAGUGGAAGUACCGUUAAUGCGUUAUCCAGUUGAUGGUGCAACCAAUUUCUUUGUUUCCCUCUCUUUUAACUGUUAAACCUCUCUCAAAACCCCGGAGAACAAUGCCCUGUAUCUCCGGCCAUGGCGGUUUUUGCUAAAACCUCUCAUCUUCUUACCUAUCUCGACCGCUCCAAUCCUCAAAUCUCCAACAAUCACUACCCCAAAGCCUUAUCUUUCUCCAAAAACCUGCUGACCCACACCAAGACAGCAAGAAAAACCCAAGAAAUCUCAGUCCUGGGCACCGCGCUCUCUAAUUCGACCAUCAACCAAACCCACAACUUAGAAUUACAAGAGCUAUGCCUUCGUGGGAACCUAGAACAAGCCAUGAAACGCUUGGAAUCGAUGCAAGAGCUCCGGAUUGAGGUGGACGAAGAGGCUUAUGUUGCUUUAUUGAGGCUGUGCGAGUGGAGAAGGGCGCCCGAUGAAGGGUCUCGCGUCUACGCACUAGUGUCGAGUUCGAAAUCCCGUUUGAGAGUUCGGCUUGGUAAUGCCCUGUUGAGCAUGUUCGUGAGGUUCGGGAAUUUGGUUGACGCCUGGUAUGUGUUUGGUAAAAUGUCUGAAAGGGAUGUGUUUUCCUGGAAUGUGUUGGUGGGUGGGUAUUCUAAAGCGGGGUGUUUUGACGAGGCUUUGAAUUUGUAUCAUAGAAUGUUGUGGGCUGAAAUUAGGCCUGAUGUAUAUACUUUUCCCUCUGUUUUAAGAACUUGUGGUGGUGUUUCUGAUAUAGCUAGAGGCAAGGAGAUUCAUGGCCAUGUCAUAAGAUUUGGAUUUGAGUCGGAUGUGGAUGUGGGUAAUGCUUUAAUCACCAUGUAUGUGAAAUGUGGUGACAUAAGUCAUGCCAGGAAACUGUUUGAUAGAAUGCCAAAGAGAGAUCGGAUUUCGUGGAAUGCAAUGAUUUCGGGGUACUUCGAAAAUGGAGAGGGAUUGGAAGGCUUGAGAUUGUUUUUCUUGAUGCGGGAACUUUCCGUUGAUCCAGAUUUGAUAACUAUGACUAGUGUAGCAUCCGCGUGUGAGCUUCUUGGUAACGAGAGAUUAGGUAGAGAAAUUCAUGGAUAUGUAGUUAGAUCAGAGUUUGGGGGUGAUGUCUCGGUGAACAAUUCUUUGAUUCAGAUGUAUUCGAGUCUUGGGAAUUUGGAGGAAGCAGAGAAAGUAUUUUCUCGAAUGGAAUCGAAAGACAUCGUAUCGUGGACGGCAAUGAUAGCAAGCUACGACAGUCACAAGCUGCCUUGUAGGGCUGUGGAAACUUAUAAAAUGAUGGAGUUAGAGGGCAUACUGCCGGAUGAGAUUACUUUAGUUAGUGUAUUAUCUGCUUGUGCUUGUCUAGGCCAUUUGGAUUUGGGUAUUAGGCUUCAUGAGAUUGCCAUCAAGACUGGCCUUAUAUCCCAUGUCAUGGUCGCAAACUCUCUCAUUGAUAUGUACUCAAAGUGUAAAUGCGUUGACAAGGCCUUAGAAGUAUUUCGCAAUAUCUCGGGAAAGAAUGUCAUAUCUUGGACUUCACUUAUCCUUGGGCUACGAAUUAAUAAUAGAAGUUUCGAGGCUCUGUUAUUCUUCCGCCAGAUGAAGGAAUCAAUGGAACCAAAUUCUGUAACACUGAUUUCGGUCUUAUCGGCAUGUGCUAGAAUAGGAGCUUUAAUGCGUGGAAAAGAGAUUCAUGCUCAUGCUCUACGUACUGGUGUUGGGUUUGAUGGUUUUUUACCUAAUGCGAUCCUAGAUAUGUAUGUAAGAUGUGGAAGGGAAGUGCCCGCAUUGAACCAAUUUAACUCUCAAAAGAAGGACGUUACAGCAUGGAAUAUACUGCUUACGGGUUAUGCCGAGAAGGGGCAAGGUAAGCUUGCUGUCGAGCUAUUUGAUAAGAUGUUAGAGUCAGAGGUAAAUCCAGACGAGAUUACCUUUAUUUCGCUAUUAUGUGCCUGCAGCAGGUCAGGUAUGGUUGUUGAAGGUUUGGAGUACUUCAAUGUAAUGAAAAACAAGUAUAAUCUGACUCCUAAUCUGAAACAUCACGCAUGCAUUGUUGAUCUACUUGGUCGUGCUGGGCGAUUAGACGAUGCUUAUGACUUUAUCCAGGACAUGUCACUUAAGCCAGAUGCAGCUAUAUGGGGAGCCUUGCUAAAUGCUUGCAGGAUUCACAGAAAUGUCGAGCUUGGAGAACUUGCAGUGACACGUAUAUUCGAAAAGGACAAUAAAAGUGUUGGUUAUUAUAUUCUUCUCUGCAAUCUCUAUGCUGAAUGCGGUAACUGGGACAAGGUUUCGAAAGUUAGAUCACUAAUGAGAGAGAGAGGACUAUCUGUAGAUCCUGGUUGCAGCUGGGUGGAAAUAAAGGGAAAAGUUCAUGCUUUCCUCAGUGGUGAUAAUUUUCACGCUGACUCGAAAGAAAUAGAUGGGGUUCUGGAAGGAUUCUAUACCAAGAUGAAGGAAACCUGUUUCAGCGAUUUGAAGAGCAGUUUCUUGAGUGAGGUUGAAACUUCCAGAGCCGACAUUUUUUGUGGGCAUAGUGAAAGGCAGGCCAUUGCGUUCGGGCUGAUCAAUACCGCCCCAGGGACACCUAUCUGGGUGACAAAGAAUCUGUACAUGUGCCAUAGCUGCCACAACUUUGUAAAAUUCAUCUCGACAGUCGUACGUAGAGAAAUAUCGGUAAGGGAUGUCGAAGAGUAUCACCAUUUCAAGGAUGGAGUCUGCUCAUGUGGGGACGAAGGUUAUUGGGGAAAACCUGGUAAAGGAUGAAAGGACUUUCAGGAUUUCUACAUAAUCUUAAUCCACCAUGGCCACGACAUCUGAACAGCGGAAGAUCACUUCCCGGUUGCUCGGACGUUGUACGAAUGAUCGAAGACGAUAGAAGACAGUGAAGAAAUUCUAGUGAAAUCAACGAAAUAUAUGAGAACUUAACUGCCAUGCAAAACUUGAGGAAGCCAGUUUGAUUUUCUCUGAUUUCCAGAUGGCACCUCCUUUACUGUGAUGGGUGAAGAAGUGGCCAUGCCUGGUGCUGCUGCCAUGGAACUUUGUUGAGGUAAGCUUUCUAAAGGAAAAUUUUUAAUUGAAUCCAUGUUAACUUUAAUAUAUGAAAUUCCACCAUUAGAGGAAAAUAACACAUUUGGAGUAUUCAUGUCAAUAUUUGAUAAAUUACAGAAUAAAAAUACUCAAUUACCAAUUCUUUCCCCUUUUCUUAGGGGAUGUUUACAGAAUGGAAACUAGUCCGGAUG